UCUCCGUCAGCGAGUUCUGCUGUCAGAUGAAGAGCAUGGCAGACUCCUUUGGCGACCUCGGCUGGCCCGUGGAGGACCGUAUCUUGGUCCUCAACGUUCUCCGCGGGCUCAGUGACCGCUACUCCUACCUCCGGACGUGGAUCACCCGGCAGCGGCCCUUCCCCACAUUCUUGCAGGUCCGUGACGACCUUGUCAUGGAGGAGCUUACUCAGGGCCUCCAGCCUGGGUCCACCUCCGCCCCGGGGUCCUCGUCCUCCUCGACUGCUCUCGCUGCCACUCCUCCGCCCCGUCCUGCCCCGCCACCACAGUCGUCACUCCUUGGUCCUCUUCCCCCUGGGCCAAGCGAGGGUGGGGGGGGCCGUGGCGGCCGCCGUCACCGUGGCGGGGGACGUGGAGGAGGUCGCGGUGGCAACACGACGCCGCCGGCCCCACGAGGUGCACCCUGGCCAUCCUUCCACAACCCAUGGUCAGGGCGCAUCUCCAUGUGGCCGUUCCAGGCUCCCGGUGGAGAGCCUCGCCCGCCGGCGACCAUGCUCGUUGGUGCUUCCCCGGGGUUUCCCUCUGUGACCCCGUGGACGCCACCCACCGGGCCAGCCGGCUGGGACCAGGCGGCCUUGGCGCACUCCUUCAGCACCAUGGCCCCGACACCUCCAGUUGGGCCGGAGUGGGUCGCCGACUCUGGGGCUACUUACCACACCACUCCUAACCCCGGAUUUGGCUUCCCGGCGUCCUCUGCUCCGAUGUGACAGCACGGGGCCCCUUUACACUCUUCGCUUUCCGGCAUCUGCCUCGCCUCCUUCGCCAGUUUUGUCAGCUGCCUUCGCCACCACUACCUCCACUACUUGGCACCGGCGUCUCGGCCAUCCUGGACGUGAUGCUUUGAUGCAGCUUAGUCGUAGUUCCGAUAUUCGAUGUACUCAGGCUCACAAUGAGCAUUUGUGUCAUGCGUGCCAGCUGGGCCGUCAUGUUCGUCUUCCUUUUUCUAGUUCUUCUCAUGCGGCCCGCAUUUUUUACCUUGUACAUUGUGACUUAUGGACCUCUCCUGUCAUCAGUAUUUCUGGAUACAAGUACUAUCUUGUGGUGGUGGAUGAUUAUUCUCAUUA